CCAGAAAAGUGCUCCGUUCACGUUAACUUCACUUGUAAUAAUCGCUCACGAUAGCACCAAUGGAGGCAGAGCGACAUUCUAUAUAAUCCGAAGCAAAGACUAAAACCAGAUUUCACACUGUUUAACAAGCUGUUCAAAGAAGACUGCUCGAUGUAUCACAAAGAAAAGAGCAUCCAAAUAAAAAACAGCGCCUCAGCGUUGUACAACAACCUGAGCGUGCUGCGCAUCGCCCCGAGGCGUCUCACCUACUUCACGGUGGUCCAUGCCAAUGUGGUCAACAUGGUCAGCGCGUCCUGGGACGGACUCAACUACUCCCACCGCCAGCUGCAGUCCAAGGAGCCUAACGUCGCCACCAGCACGUCUCUCAUCAUGCAGGCUGCAUUCUGUGUGCUGCCCUCUCGUGAUCUGCUGGUGGUGACCUCUCAGAAGGGCAUUCAGAUGUAUGAAUCGGAUGGCUCCAUCAUGGUGUAUUGGCAUGCACUGGAUACUCCAGAAACACCUACAGAACAGGCAGUGUUUGCUCGAGGGAUAUCAGCAGUGUGGGAGAACUAUAUAUGUGUGGGUGUUUCAUCCGGUGCAAUUCUAGUAUUUGACGUUCCCAGUAAAGGAAGUAAUAUUACCCUGUCUGAGGUCCUGGAGGAGCACAAGGAGUCCAUCACCGAUAUGGCCUCGGAGUGCUCUGGCAGCCAGGAGUGCAUAGCUAAUCUGGUCACUGCAGAUGAUGAGGGCAGCCUGUGUGUGUGGAAGUCCGGGGAGGAAUUCCAGCUGCUCAACAAGAUCCCUGGUUUUGAUAUGAGCUGCUCAUCUGUCAAGUUGUGGAAAGGAACAGUGGUGGCGGGCUACGGCACAGGCCAGAUCCGUCUCUAUGAAGCAGUGACGGGAAUUCUGCACGCUGAGGUCAACGCUCAUGCUCGCUGGAUAUACUCACUGGACAUUGCUCCCUUUUCUGGACUGCUUCUGUCAGCUGCUGAAGACUCUCUAGUCAGGGUGUGGCAUCUGACUAUGACCCCAGAGACCAACAGUGUGGAGGUGGCCCACUUGCAUAAUGAAUGUGUGACGGAUACACAAAUCUGUGGCGCCAAGUUCUGCGAUGGUGACGGCUAUGCCUUCGCGGUGACAGGCUAUGAUCUGAGUGAGAUUAUCCGCUACGUACAGUCGUAGGACUUUGCCCUCAAUGAGGCUUUGAAUGUGAUUUUGGUAUAUUCAUUUUUGGGUAUAUUGAACAUAGCAUUUUUGGGGGGAGAAAAGCAUUUUAUGUAAUUUUUGUGUCUAUAUUGCCAUGAGUAAGAGGAAAAUUAACAUAUAACAACGUGUCAGAAGUUUAUGUACAUAUUUCAAGUUCAAAAUUGCGUGGACAUAGUUUUAAGAAAAUAUACUUUCAGACAUUAUUGUUGUUCCAAACAACUGCUCCAGUAAACAUUUUAUAGAGAAA